GAUGACGGACGCGUUGCUGCCCCGCGGAGCCGCCGAGCCGGCGCCGGACCGCUGCUUCUUCCGAAAGGGCUGUAACCCACUCGCUGAGACAGGCAGAAGCAAGCUACAAAAUCAAAGAGCUAUCCUAAACCAACAGAUCCUGAAAGCAGUAAGGUUGAGAGCUGGUGCAGAAAAUCUUCUAAGAGUAACCACCAACAACAAAGUUCGGGAGCAGGUACUUCUUGAACUGAGUUUUGUAAACUCCGACCUGCAGAUAUUAAAGGAGGAAUUAGAAGGACUUAAUAUCUCAGUUGAAGUGUAUCAGAAUGCUGAAGAAGCUUUCAGCAUUCCCUUGGUACCACUCGGUUUGAAAGAGACCAAAGAAGUGGACUUCACUAUCCCCCUUAAGGAUUUCAUCCUGGAACAUUACAGUGAAGACAGCUCAGAAUACGAAGAUGAAAUUGCAGAUCUUACGGAUUUGAGACAAGCCUGCCGUACUCCCAGCAGAGAUGAAGCUGGCAUUGAGAUGUUGAUUAGCUAUUUCAAUCAACUUGGCUUCGUAGAAAACAGGUUUUUUCCACCUACCAGACACAUGGGGAUCUUAUUUACAUGGUACGAUUCUUUCACUGGAGUCCCAGUCUGUCAGCAAAACCUGUUGCUAGAAAAAGCCAGCAUUUUAUUUAACAUUGGAGCCCUCUACACACAGAUUGGUACAAGGUGUAAUCGACAGACCCAGUCUGGACUUGAAAAUGCUGUUGAUGCUUUCCAGAGAGCUGCAGGAAUCUUGAACUACCUAAAGGAAACAUUCACUCAUACACCAAGUUACGACAUGAGCCCAGCUAUGCUGAGUGUAUUAGCCAAAAUGAUGCUUGCUCAAGCUCAAGAAUGCGUCUUUGAACAGAUCAGUCUCCCUGGAAUACGCAAUGAGUUUUUUACACUAGUAAAGAUGGCCCAAGAGGUUGCAAAGGUUGGAGAGGUUUACAUGCUUGUUGACACUGCAAUGAAUCAGGCUCCUGUCAAGGAGAACAUCCCUUAUUCCUGGUCAAAACUGGCACAGAUAAAGUCAGACCAUUACAAAGCUCUGGCACACUACUUUGUUGCUACCAUCCUGAGUGACCACAAGUUGCAGUCUACUGAUGAUGAAGACCAGCAGGAAAAGAUCUGGUCCCAACUGUAUGACCACAUGCCUGAAGGCCUGACAAUUCUAACCAUUUUAAAGGACAAAGUUCAACGACAACAACUAGGAAAAGCACACUUACGCAAAGCCCUUGUUUAUCAUGAAGAUGCACUGAGAGCUUGUGGUCUGUGCAAAAAGCUUCGAAAUAUUGACAUUCUUCAGGAGAUCCUAACAGUUGCUCACAAGCGCUCACUACUCAAGUACGCUCAGCAGGAGCAGGAAGACGACUUCCUGAGUCUCAUACAAGCUCCAGACAUCCUUCCUAAAACAGAACAUAAAGUGGACAUGGUUAGUCCUCAGUUGUCCAAGGUGAAAGUCAAAGACUUCUUUCAUAGGCUGGGCCCGUUAUCAGUGUUUUCAGCCAAGCAGAGAUGGACAGCCCCUCGCACUAUUUGUUUCCAUUGUGAAGAUGGGAAGUUGGGAUUCACUCUUAGAGGGGGUGCACCUGUGCAGGUUCAUAGUCUUGAUCCAGUCUGUUCUGCAGCAUCUCUGGGUCUGAAAGAAGGAGACUAUAUUAUUUCAGUUGAAGGAAUGGAUUGCAAAUGGCUGGGAGUGAACGAGGUCUUGGAGAAGUUAAAAAGCAAGGGAGAGCAGGACAUUGAGAUUCAGGUUAUAAGCUGCCAGGAUACAACAGCUUCUAUGCAUAAUAAGAGCGCAACUUACUCUGUGGGAAUGCAAAAAACAUACUCCUUGAUCUGUUUAGCCAUGGAAGAGGAUAAAAUUGACCACAGCAAGAAGACCACGACUCCCAAAGUCCCUUUUCUAAGUUGGGGAGCCAAAAAUAGGCAGAAAGCUGCAAGCACUUUGUGCCUUCCCUCAGCAAUAGCUGGAAGUUCUCAAACAAAGAAGCUCACUUCUCCCUUUACACUUCUGAACACUGAAAGUUCAUUGUACUGAUUCUUUCAAAACAAAAUUGUUGUCUAAUGUGAAGCUUUCUGAACAUGGAAGAAAAAAGAAAACCCAUCUAUGCAGACCAGAAAUGUGAAGUAUAUAUGUAAAAUGUCCAGACAUCUGUUUUCUUUAACACCUGUGUUAAUCCAGUAAAUGUACUGUAUAUGCACAGGAACAUAACUGAAGAUCAGAGGUUGGCAUGAAAUGCAAAAGUAUUUUCUUAAAAUCUAAACCUACAUAGUGUUUAGACUGAAGGAGAGGUAGUGUGGGAGCUGCUGGGAAAUCAUUUGUAGAAAAAUUAAAAUUCACUUUACUUGAAACUUGAUUCCUUUGGAAUUUCAAUAUGGGCUACAUUGCAACUAAUUCUGUUUCUAUGCAAGCUGCAGGUAAGACUUAUUUAUUUCAGUAUCUAUGUAUGUAGUAGUACUGAAAAAAAUGAAGGAUAUUUUUAAAGUUUAGGAGUCAUAGGAGUCACUAAUGAUCAAUUUAGAUUAAAAACUACUAAAUUACCUAGAGAACAAACAACAGGAUCAGUAAAAGGACAGUUACUGUGCACUUACAAUAAAACUUGCCUUCUAAAGAACUGAAAAUAAGAUCUCUCUAUACAUCCUAUAGCACCACUCAGUUUUGCCCUGUCUGAGAGUGCUGAGAAAUAGCACACUUCAUCCUAGAAAAAGAAGCAUCUUUGCAAAAGCCUUAUGUUCAUUUGAAAUAGACCAUGUUCCCAACUUGAAACUAUUUAACCUACAAAUUACAAGCUUUGUAUUUUUGUUGAAAUGAAUGAUAGUUGAGGAACAAAUCUCAAAGCUGAUUCUCAACAUCUAAAGCCUAAAAAUCAGCAUGAUUCAAGAGAUGAUCUGCAAGGCACUUUAAAGCUAGAGUAACUUGAAAAAGGCUUUCCAGACAGUCAAAAAUAAAAGUUUACUGCAUAGGACCCUGGGUGAGCUAGAUGCUUUAUAGACAUACAAAAGCAGAAAGUAGCUAACAACUCAAUAUUAAACUAGGUGCAAUUUGGGAAGACAGAAUAUGUCAUUGUGUGUUAAUUUCUCUGUAAGUUUGUUUUAUUUUCUGAUCAUUUAACUGAAAGUUGCUAACACCUGUAGUGUUAGACAAGGAUGCUAUCUACAGAGUAGAUAUAUGCUGUUUGAUACUCAAAACACUCUAAAUAAUAGUGGGGAAAAUGUGUGCAUGCACAUUUUGAAAAAUAAACUGGGUACAACUUUGUAAAAUUAGCUCACUUAUUUUAGGUUUCUUUGUUUUAAAAUAGUUGUAAAUAUUUUAAAUUAACUUAUUUAAGCUGCUGCCAUUUACUAGUAGCAUUUUCAUCCUGCUAAAGAUAAGAUGAUACAGUACGACUUACUAGUUUGACUGUUGACUGUGUUACGCGCAUACCCUAAUGUUCUUCACGUGUUUUAUAAAGACCACAACUGAGCUAGCAAACUAUGUUAUCAAGCAAGUUGUGCAAUAUUGGAACUUGGUCUGUAAAGUUAACUCCAUUGCAAAAUAAAGAACUGUUAACAAUUUUA